AUGGCGUACGACAACGACUCCUCGUCUCUUGCUUCCAAGGACGGAGACAUCUCGCUCAACUCGAUAACGAAGCCCAAGUCCACUUGGAAAGGCGCGCUAUGGGAUACCUUCGACUCGUCAACGGAAGAACGUCGGCUACUGUUCAAGCUCGAUGCUGUUCUUCUCACAUUUGCUAGCCUUGGUUAUUUCCUCAAAAAUCUGGAUCAAUCGAAUAUCAAUUCUGCAUUUGUGUCUGGAAUGAAAGAGGACCUCGGCAUGUUCGGUAAUCAGCUCACCACAGCUAUCACAAUGUGGACAAUCGGCUAUGUGAUAGGCCAGAUACCAUCGAACUUGUUACUCACGAGGGUCAGCCCACGGUGGUGGAUACCGACCUUGGAACUGGGCUGGGGUAUAUGUACCCUGUUCAGCUACAAGGUGAAGAGCUAUCAGGCGUUGUAUGGUAUCAGGUUCCUUGUCGGGCUAUUCGAGGCUGGGUUUUAUCCCGGUAUGCAAUACAUAAUCGGGAACUUCUAUACGCCUCGCGAGUUAGGCAAGCGUGCAGUCAUCUUCCAUACCGCCGGAGGUAUGGGCACAUUACUGUCGAGCGUGUUGCAAGCCGCAGCAUACUCCAAUCUCAACGGCCAUAAUGGUUUGGCGGGAUGGAGAUGGCUCUUCAUCAUCGACGCUGUAAUCACUAUCCCGAUCGCUGCACUAGGCUACGUGUUCCUGCCGGCUCUUCCUGGGCAGAGCGGAAACAAGCCCACCUUCUGGCUCAGUCAGGCAGAGUUAGACCUGACGGAUCGGAGGAUGGCUGCCAUUGGUCGCAAGCCCAAGGCGCCGAUAACCAAAGAGCGACUUCGCGGCUUCCUCAAGAGCUGGCAUCUUCCGGUCCUCACCCUGCUAUACGUCCUGUGGAACAACUCUCUGAACGCGUCGUCGAUCAUGCCGCUCUGGCUCAAGAGCUUCAACACGAAGGAGAAGACGGUGUAUACUGUACCGCAGAUCAACCACCUCCCCAUGGCAAUCACUGGUGUGUACAUCAUCACGGCCUACUUCUUCGCUUGGACCAGUGACGGCAUCCUGCGCGGGAGGCGAUGGAUCUGGUUGGCAUUCACUAGCCUUCUCAACGCAUGCGUCUGCAUCUCACUCGCGAACCUUCCGGUGCACUCGAAGAUCCCUUCUCAUUUCGUUUUAUAUUAUAUGACGAACAUCGGAGGAGGAAUGAGCGGGCUUCAUUUCGCAUGGGCUAACGAAAUAUGUACCGCGGACAACGAAGAGCGAGCGCUCGUCGUGGCAAGCAUGAACGACUUCGCAUACGUGGUACAAGCCAUUGUUCCCAACUUCGUCUGGAAGCAAACGGACUAUCCUAAGUCCACAAAGGGCUUAUACUACAGCUUUGCACUGUCGCUCGCUCAUGUGGCUUGGACGCUGCUUACGAGAGAGCUGCAUCAGCUCGAGCUGAGAAAGAAUCGCAAGGCGGCGACGAACCCGGCCAUCGGGUACGGAUCGACUAUCCGAAUUGAGGACGAAGAGGGAGGCGCUGAGAGUCCGGGUGCGAAGUUGACGGUGUCGCAAGGCAAAGCUCCAGAGGAAUUCAUUGUAUCUACGGCGAAAUAA